GUGGCCUAAAAGUCACCGUAAUCACCACCCCAUCAAAUGCUCCAUUUAUUGUUUCCCAAACCUCCAAUCACCCAAACAUUUCCUCCGCAAUAAUCCCAUUUCCAAGAGUUGAAGAGUUGCCCGAUGGAUGUGAGAACACUGCAGACCUUCCUUCGAUGGCUCUAUGGGUUCCUUUUCUAGAAGCCACCAAAAAAAUGAAACAAUCUUUUGAAAGAGUUCUCAGAGACAUGAUUGAUGACGGACGUCCCCCCAUUUGCGUGAUCUCCGACUUCCUCCUAGGUUGGACACUCGAUUCAUGCCGUUUGUUUGGGAUUCCGCGCAUUGUCUCUCAUGGAAUAGGGGUCUUCUCAAUGUCCAUUUCAUUGUACCUCAUUUCUUUUUCCUCGUGCUUAAACGGUUUGUGGGGUAUGGUUCCUAUAGAGUUGCCGGGAAUGACACUUCCAUUCAAGUUGCAAAAGGCUGAUAUCCCUGAAGGUAUUCUAAAUUCUGAUCCAGAUGAUCCUUUUGCUAGGAAAUCCGAGUUUGACCUUAAGCUUAAAGUAAGAGAAUGUGUAAUCAAUUUGCUCACUGAGGAUGAAUUCUUAUUUGGGAAAUCGCAGUUCACAGAUGUGACAUACAAGGUUGAUGGUGAUUGGCAUUUGGCAAAUAUAUAUGCUAAACGAGCUCUUAACCCCUUGUUCGAAUUCGACUCGAUUCGGUUCGUUUGCAACCCUACUUUUGUCCGUCUCACCUCAGGGAUUGGAGAAGCUGAUAUGAACAGCUGGGGUGUUAUCGUGAACAGCUUUGAGGAGCUUGAAGGCCGUGACCAUGUGGGCAGGUUAGAGUCUUUCUAUUACAACGACGCCAAAGCAUAUUGUGUAGGGCCAUCUUUGUUGUACAAUCAGCCUGGACAAAAUCUUGAGGCUGAUCAUGACAAAUCCUCGUACAUCAAGUGGCUGGACAAGCAAGCUGAAAUGAGAUUCGGUCGUACUGUACUCUAUGUUUCAUUUGGCACUCAAACACACUUGUCGGAGGAUCAACUAGACGAGAUUGCUAAUGGGCUGGAGAUGGCAAAUCAUCCAUUCAUUUGGGUGGUAAGGUCAAAGACGUGGGCAGCACCGAAAGGAUGGAACGAGAGGGUGAAGCAGAGGGGAUUGGUCUUACGUAAUUGGGUUGACCAAAGACGCAUACUAGCACAUUCUGCAACAGGUGGGUUUUUGGGUCAUUGUGGGUGGAAUUCGACCUUGGAGAGCUUAACAAUGGGGGUUCCACUUCUUGCAUGGCCCAUGAUUGGAAUUUCAGAACAAGCAUUGAAUGCUAAAUUUGUAGUGAUGGGGUUGGGAGCUGGGUUAAUGGUUCCAUGGACAGGUGUUAAUGGGGAGAAGAUCAUGACAGUUGGUCGUGAUGUGAUAUGUGAUAAGGUAAAGGAGUUGAUGGGAGGUGAGAAUGGAAGGAUGGCCGGUGAGAGGGCACAAGCCUUGGAAGAAUGGCAAGGAAUCUGUGGAAAAAGGUGGGUCCUCCUAUAAGAAACUGGAUGAAUUGAUUAAGCGACUCGCGGCCUAUAGUCAC